AUGCCAUCUGAUCCGAUGGAGAUGGGGGAGGUGGACUUUCAUUCCCUCGACAUUUCCAGAUACCAGGGCUCGGAGUAUUCUGCGUCGACCACUAAAAUCGGGUUAACAGUUUCGGAUGUGGGUGCAAAACACGAAUCUCGCGAGGAGCUUCUUCCCAAAGACACUGGCUUCUCACAAGGCCCUCGAAAUACAAACCAUGCUUCAGCAACGAUACAGCUCAAGACCAAGUGGUGGCACAAUGUCGGCUCACCACGAGACCUAUGGAACUCGUCCUGGAACAUGCACCUGUUCCUCUUCGUCGGUAUUGGCUUCGCAAUUGGUCACCACGUCUUCUAUCGGUCCUUGAAAGGUCGCUUAGUUCAAGAUGAUGAGCAAAUCACUAGCAUGCGCUACGGAACAGCACUAGCUUUCGCGGCAAAAGCAAAUCUUGUCAUGGCCGUUUUGUCAGCGUUUCGGGAGCAAGUCUGGCUCGUCGUGGGCUCAAAAUUCCUGAAAGUCACCACCCUCGACGACAUGUUUGACGCGCCAGAAACCCCCCUGUCACUCCUGAAUUGGGAGUUCAUCAGCAAGGCUAAGAUUGCAGCCGCCCUGACGCUGUACUGCUGGGCAUCGCCUCUUGGUGUCAUCUUGACCACAAACACUCUAGCGGCCGUCCCAAGCGAAGAAGUCCAAAACACAACGUGCCCGGGUGUCCGAACACUAAACUUCAGAUUCGAAGACCAAACCGACUGGCGCAACGGAGGCAAAAUCGAGGAUCUGAGCCAGCAGUCUUUAAGCUACUGGAAUAACACCAGGAGCAACAAGUCUGAUCCGUAUUUUUUCGACUACUACACCGCCCCGAGCGAAAAUGCAGAAGAGUUCAUGCAUGCGAGUACUUACUUGCAACGCCCCAUCACGGAUCAAGACAACACCUUUGAAGUAUGCGAAAGAGGGUGGAACUGUACAGUCGAGAUCUACUUUGUUGGCCCAGCCUACAGGUGUAGGGAAGUAAGUCGAGGGGGCAAGAUGAACGACACGUUGUCUAGCAUACGGACUUUUGUUCCUCCAUUCUCCAUGGAAGAUCUUGCCCCGAAGGGUAAUUACACCUACAUCGCAAACACACUCCAAGGAGAAUACGCAUUUCCGCAAAUGGCCAAGAUGAAGAAAGGCGGUAUACCCGUCAUGCCACCCCCCUACCCAAAACACCUCGAUGCCUUCCGAACCGAGCCGGUAAUAUGGAUCGGAUAUUCAGAGCUCAACGAGGCCUUCACGUCCGUGUAUCUAAACAGCAGCGAGCCCGUCCAGAACGAGGGUGCCUUCACCCCCGUGCUCGUCGCGUAUAACAUGCAAUUGCCAACGAUCAAGUCACGCAAGCUUCUCACUCCAGUCGUAAACACAACCUUCUUCCCGGGGCUAGACGCGGACGACGGGACGAUGGAUAAGACUAUUGCCGUCCCGGAAGGGAACUACAUCUUACCCCAAGACGUCAAAACAUACAGACGAACGGCGGGGUACCACUCAAUGGGCCUCUUCCUACGCAACAAACUCAACGGGACGAUCCGUGAGCCGGGCAAGGUUGAGGAGACGGGCGUGGUGCAGACCAGCCUCAUCGAUCACCGCUUCCACUUUGUCUGGCCGAAUCUUAUUAAGCUCAUUGAGGCGUGGUACGGCAAUCUUCUCAUGUCCAUGUUUGCGAGACCGAGAUUUCAGGCUGUUGUCUAG